GAAAAUCUGCACACAUUAAAAAACAACAAACUGAAACCCCCUCCUAGCAACAACACCUCCACGACUAAUACAGUAAAUGAAUCAAACGACGACUCAUCCAAUGACACCGCACCGAAUACACCGACUGAAGAUAACCAAAGAGACGAACCAAAGUCAGAGAAUUAG